AUGCCUUCUUCUGCAGUUCAGAACCCUCUCGUUCAGACCGAGUCCAAGUCUGCAAAGAAGAAGAAGGCUAAGGCUGAGCGAACCGAGUCUCCAGCCCCAUCUGCUCUGUCCGUGCCCGAGAAGGCUGGCUCUAUCGCUGGUCAAGAAGGUCAGGAUGAUAGCUCCGAAAGCCCUUACGUCCGUGAGCUUCAGAAGAACAUCCGUAACCUAAACAAAAAGAUUUCCAAUUCUGCCAAGACCGAUAUCAUAAUCGAUCAGCACAAAGACAAAUCACUAGAUGAACUUGUCAAUGCUAGAAUCAUCAACGCCGACCAGCGCACUCAGCGCCUGAAGAAACCCCAACUGGAAUCUCAACUUGCCCAGCUCGAGGAACAACUUGCCCAGUAUAAGAAGGUGGACGAGGAAUACCGAACUCGCAUCGCAGCUGAGAAGGCUAGCUUAGAGAAGUCCUUGACGGAGGGAUUCGAGAAGGAGAAGGCCGAUGCGAUUAGCGAGAUUAAGGAGCAAGCCGCAGCCGACUCUAAGAAGACCCAACAUGAUAGUUUGCUGGUACUGUCGCAGUUCCUUCGACUAGCCGCGGCUCGAAGAACAGAGGAGGCAGACGCUGGCCUGGACGAGAACAUGGCGCUCGAGGGUGUUCUUCUUAACGUCUAUUCGGGAGACGAGAAUGCUGUUUCUACUAUGAUUAAGCUUAUCGAAGGUUCCGAAGAAAAGACUACCAGUGUUAGCGGAGACGAGCUUCAGACUACAUUCGCCCAAGUUAAGGCUGUGUCUGCGGCUCAUGCUACUCUGUUUGCUGCUGAGGCAGCCGCUGAACCUACGGAAGCUCCUGUCGAGACCGCCAAUGGAACUGACCCAACUGUUGCCCAUGCCGGUCUUACCGAGAUCGACAGUACUGGAGCUACGGCCCCAUUAACCAACGGUCACACCGAAUCUACACCGACAUCGGCACCUGGCGUCCCUGAGAAUGCAGACGUCGGUGAUGAUGCUGCUAACGCCGCCGCCGAGUCUCAAUGGGAUGCUAACAACGACCUGAGCGCCUCCAUUUCCCAGGAAGAGUGGGUUAAGGUCCCUCGAGAUCCUACCGAAACGGAGACCGGCCUAACAGCAACCCCCGCAUCGGCGGGCAAUGUCCAAUCUUGGGCCGAUGAACAGCCCGAGAACCCACCGGAGUUCAGCGCAACCGACCGCGAGGUGAUCGCGAAGGAGGUUGGAGAGGACGUGGCCGAGGCGACUACCGCGGUGGCUGGCGAGGACACGGAGAGGGACGAGGACGCGGUCGUGGUCGUGGCCGCGGCGGGAUGGGACGUGGUGGAAGACCACGAACUGAAGAGUCGUAGAGGAUUCAGUCUCGUGCCGGUACUCGUCGAUUUUAUUGCCGCAUCUCUCGGGAUCGGCUCCUGGCUCGACAGUCAUGGCGCUGAUCUACCUCGUUCUCACUCGACCGUAUCUAGACUCUGCCCGUCUGGUUGUACAGGAAUAAUUUCGAUAUUAAAAGCACUAGCAUUCGGUGCCCCGCGCAUGCAUUCACGAGGAGGAUAA